AAUACAAUAAAUAACACGAACAGAAACAGAAACAGUAACAGCAAAUUUACUAGAAGUACGUGUACAAGAUUGAUAAGAUUCAGAUUGUGUAUUGCGAAGCAAUCAAUAAUUGUAAACAUCAAAUGAUUCAUCCUUGACCUGUUCACUGCUGCAUCUAUUUAUAUACGUCACGUACGCUUCAAGCAUGUCUGUAAACAAGCCAAAUACAGGAGAUCCCUUGAUUACACAAGAGGCCCCAGACCAACCACCCCAAAGAACAUACCCAGUGAGGACAUUCAAGGUGUUUGGAGGUAUUCAUAUUGGAUUAGGCGUUGUACUAGGGAUCAUCAGCCUGAUAGCGGUCGUCACUGAUGCCAUGGGCAUUCAGAAUUAUCAUGACUGUCUCCUGCAUAACGAACAGCUACAUAAUGACAGUACCUACUACUGGAGCUGUCGGAGGUACUAUAAAAGUCAGGAGCUAUUCUCAUUUGAUAUAGUGUGUAUAAUAUGUUGUGGAUGGUUUGUACUUACUGGUUUCCUGCCUAUGUGUAUGUCAAGAAAAAGACAAUCAAGCUGGAGAAGUCUGAAAAUUGGGUUUAUGGUGUGCAGCAUUGUUGGCGCAUCAAUCUUUUGUACACCGGUUAUCAUUCUAGGAAUAAACGGAUUAUUAUUUAGAAUGUUCUUUGGUGCUGACCCUAUUUUAUCAGCCAUCAUAACGGUAAUAACAUUAGUUGAAGCUAUAGUGGCAAUCAUUACGGCUUCAUUUUGUUGCUGCUGUUCACCCUGGGAAAUAUCCAGUGAAGGGCAAACAGUUCUGUUUGUGAAUAGCACACAACCUGGAAUGAUCAUGAAUGUGCCACAGACCCAGGGUCAUAUGGAUAACUCGAUACAGACAACCACUGGACAAAUAAUGAUCCAAUAUCCCAAUGCACAACAGUACCAGAUAGUAAACAAAAAUGAACUAUCUGGGGAACAGAUCUCCAUGGGUGGCAGCCAUCAGCCUAGCACUGUAGGUUUACAAGAACAACACGUUUUUGACACCUCCCCACCACCUUACAAAGAGUAGAUUACAGUCUGACAUGCAUGAUGUGACUCAUUUUGCAAAUUAAACAUAUUAUUUUCUACUUUUUUCUAUAAUUAUGUUUAUGUAUACAUCAAUAGGUUGUAAUGUGAUUAUGGAGUUAGUGAAUCGGAUUCAAUAAAGUAUAAUCAUGUAUACUAGAUUUUAAUCAGCAUGUUGAUAGUGUAUUUAAAGAAACGGAAAAAUAAUAUCUAUCAAAUUUUAUUUUUGAUUUUGAUUAUUGUUUCGCCUUUCAAUUAUCUAUGACCAAGUUUAAAGAAAAUCUUUUUUUUUUUAAAUAUGCUCAAGUAAUCUUAACUGCUAUUAAAUAGGAAAUGCACCUUUGUACAAACUAUUAUCAUGGUAUUUUUUUAAUGUUAGGGCAUAUUAGGAGCCUCAUACAAAUCAUUUUUUAAAUAUAGAUUUAUAUUAUUUUAAAGAAAUUUCAUUAGAACUUUUUAUUGAAUUGUUUAAAAAAAGACGCUACUAUUUCUUUUUAAAUUUGCUCGUCGUUUUUCGUUUGUCGAAAUAAAAAAAAAAAUAUUCAAAAUUUCAUUUAUCUAUAAUUUUUAGAAAUACAACAUGAUGGCAUAGACCUUGAAGCUGCGAAAAUGACAUUUUAGAAAAUAUUUAAAUUAUGUUUAGUAGGAUAGUUAUAGGGUGAAAUAAACUCGGGGGACAUAUGGUUUACCUUUACAUUAUUUCUUUCGCGAAAGAAAUCAAAUUAUAGCUUGAGUUUAUAACAAAAUGUCCAAGAGAGAACUUCUAGACAUUUUAUUUCAAUUUAUUCUUUUCAUACUAUAUAACUGUAUAUGCUGUAUUUGAUAAGUAUAUUGUUUAUGCAUUCAAUAAAAUGUUAUGUUAUA